AUGAGUACAUCUCCCUCAUCAGCAGAGACAGAAAUGUCACUCACAAGUGAUUAUGAGAGAUUGAACUCAAUCACUACGGAGGACUCAAGGACGAGCGAAUCAGACGAUAUCAAGAGUGCAACUAAGGGGAAAGGAAUGCCAUUGGGUAUCCAACAAACUCAGUCAACUCCGACAUUUCUAAGGCGAGAGAGAUCAUCAACACUUUCAAUGUUGAUGAGACGGCAAACUGAUGAGGAAUCGGUUGACAGUGGACCGAAGUCUGCGGGGUUUUUGGAUAAGAGGUCGAGAUUUGAUGGGACGAGGAACAGAGGGAAGGCAGGAAAGAAGGACGGAGUUAAGAGGAGACAUUCUGGUAAUGAACGUGCGAAUGUUUAUACUCAAUGCGGACGACAUUCAGACGACUGGUUAUUUGGAGGGUUUUCUGUUUCGGGUGCAGUGAAGAGAAUUUGGCAGAAGGAUGGCAAAGAUUCUGGUUGA